UAUACCUAAUCUACCCCGUCUCUCUCUCUCGAGCUCCCUUCACAAAUAACUCUAACCUAAUCUACCCCCUCUCUCUCUCUCUCGACUCAAUUUACAAAGCACUCAAUGAAGAUGAACACCGUCUUCAUUGUGCCUCAGGAAGACGAUUAACCUAGCUAACCCUAACUUGUCUUCAUUGUGCCUCAUUGUACCCUAACCUUCUCUUCAUUGUGCCUCAUGAAAAACCCCUAACCACCACGAAGAACUCCUAACCGCGACGAAGAGCCCCUAACAGCACUCUACGAAGAUUGUUGUCGGUCGCCGGUGCUCGCACUGCCUCCGUCGAAGAACCCCUAACCACGACGAAGAACCUCUAACCCUCCUUUGAGUUUCUUCGCUCUUCUCUCGCCACUCUCACCCUCAAGCUCACUGAGUCUCACCUCUCUCACGGCUGGUCUCGCCGUCGACCUCUCUCUAUCUCUCUGGUAUAUCACUUCUCUCGCGGGCGUUUCAGACUCAAGGUCGUCACGCUCUAUUUCCGUCGCUGCUCUGUCGCUGCUCUGUCACUGUCGCUGCUCUAUCGCGCUCUGUCGCAAGCGAAUCGAUGGAAUUCAACCCAAUCCCAAUCGGUUCCUGCUCCAAAGAGAACCAGAGCAUCUACCAGCAAUUGUUUAAAUUACGCUGAUUCAGAUUCUAUCUCUGAAUGUGCAAAGCAGGACAAGAUGGAAAGUAGAGGGAGCAAAGCAAUGGCUGCACAGAAAAAUGGGCAUUGAUCGAAUCAAGAAAGGAAAAUGGCUUUGAUACAAGAUGUUGAUAAAUUGAAGAGAAAGUUGAGACAUGAAGAGAAUGUGCAUAGUAUACUUAAUACUUGCUUUCUUUCUUGUCAGGAUCAAUACAUGGUGUUUAUUAUUAUUCUAUCAAAUAUUCAGGAACAAAGUCGAAGUGGCUGCGCUAGAACAGAAAAGGCUAGGCAUUGGCGAUGGAUCAGUUGGGAUGUUCUCCUCACUUAUUGUUCGCGCAUGCAGAAUCUCUUUGAUUACUUCAGGCAUGCUUUGCCCUUUUAUCAUCUUCUUCCAAUAUUCUCCCACCAACUGGCAGGUGAUGCAUGGUUUCUAAAUACUCCUGAACAAUCAUUGAGCUUCAUCCUUGCAGAUCAAGGUUUUGAUGUAUGGAUAGGAAAUGUGCGUGGAACACGCUGGAGCCAUGGUCAUAGGUUUUAUUCAAUGAAGAAUAAGGUGUGUGGCUCUUCUUUGACCUAUAGAGAUGCUGACGGCGUAUGUGAUUAAACUGAAAAUAAUAUUAGUGCAUAAAGUUCAGUGCUAAAUAAUUAUGAGUCAAAACUAAGAACCAAAUGUUCAUUUAUUCUGAAUUUGAAUUGGGGGAAAAUAUUUGCAAUUGAUAUGAAUAAGGUCACACUUUAGUAGGUUUUAUCAUUCAAUUAUUUAAUAGUAAAAGGGUUUGUGCCGAAUACUAUCAAGCCUUUUCUAUUUACUUUGAUAUGUUUGAAAUAAAAAUUAUUAAAUUGUUCUCAGUGCUGAAGCUACUUAUAUUCAGCACCAAAUUGAGUUCCACAGCACUGUUGAUGAUCACUGAUCUUGAGAAAAUAUUCUAAAUUGUCAUGAUACUUAUAUUUUCAUUUCACUGUCAUUUUCAGUGUAUAUUAUUUUUAUUGGAAUUGUUAGAGCCAGAGUUUGUACAGUGCAUCAUGUGAUUGAUUCAACUUUGGUCCCUUGAUAGAAAUUCUGGGAUUGGAGCUGGCAGGAAUUAGCCCUGUAUGAUAUGGCAGAAAUAAUCAAUUACAUAUAUUCAGUAACAAAUUCAAAGCUAUUCAUAGUUGGGCAUUCACAGGUAGUUAUGAUUCUGGACAUCAUCCUUUUCACUUGCUAUUUGGUGGUUGUUGUAGUAUGCAUUUUAUUCAUUUCUC